UUUUUUUUUUUUUUUUUGUGUGUAACCACGCCUACACAGUGGCUGCCAAGGCUUACCUAUGAGUUAAACCUUCUUUAGUUGGUAAUGAGGAAGGCGUGGGCUCUAGCAGUGGACACCCGAAGGCAGCAGUGGGUGAAAACAAGCAAAAUGAAAAAAAAAGUUUGGCUGUGAGGUGCUAGACAGCCAGCCAUAGUGACGAGGAGGCAGGAAGGUAGAUCAUCACCACCACGGAAGAUUUGCAGAAUAACCAAAACACAAGAAUGCCGAAGAAGUUUCAAGGGGAAAACAGUAAGUCUGCUGUAGCUAGGGCACGGAAGGCAGAAGCUGCAGCUCAAGAGAAGCAAAAAAAGGACAAGGCAUUAGAGGAUGCUUUUUGGGCAGAUGAUGACAAGCAUGUCCAGCGGAAGCAAGCAAGGAAGGAGGAGCGUGAGAAAAAACGCCUGGCAGAAUUAGAAAGGAAAGCAGAAAUUCGGGCAUUAGCAGAAAAUGAACUGAAGGACAUCACUCCAAAAGCAACUCCACAAAAGAUCACUGCAUUCCAGCUGCAGCAAAACCGAGAAAAUAUGAUGAAGGAGAACGAGGAAGAGGCGGUUCCAACUCACCUUGAGGUGCCUCUUGUGGAGAACCUCAACAGGACUAUGGAGGAUCAAGUGCAAGCAAGUGGUAUUGAUGCUGCAAUAACUGCUCUCAGCGUUGAAGAUGCACAACAAGAUCGUCAUCCAGAGAAGAGGGUGGCAGCUGCAUUCAAGGCUUACGAGACACGCAGGCUUCCACAGCUCAAGAAGGAGAACCCUUCACUACGGUUGUCUCAACUCCAAAAGAUGUUAAGAAAGGAGUGGCAAAAGAGUCCAGAAAAUCCUAUAAAUAAGUUACAUUGAUUAUGAGAUUAUGAAGAGCAUCACUUUAAAGUGGUAACUGCUGUGUCCAUAGUGGACAGUCAUGAACUAAAGGUAUCAAUGUGAGUCAUGGUAUGACUUGGAGGUACUAGAGAUUUGAAUGAUAAAGCACUCUCUCUCUCUCUCUCUCUCUCUCUCUCUCUCUCUCUCUCUCUCUCUCUCUCUCUCUCUCUCUCUCUCUCUCUCUCUCU